ACCACAACCGUCAAUAUGGCGGAUAGUCAAGACGAGGAGGUUUCUUCAAUCAUCUCUCCUCCUCUCUCUCGAGGCUCUCCCGUUCCCAUUCUAAAAACGAGCUCAUCAAGAAGUCAAGUACUCGACUCUCCUCCUCCCCGUAAACGUCUCCACUUGUGUUAUGUCGCCACGUCAGACAGUGAAGUGAGUCAAGAAGAGGCGCUCGCCUCGACGGAGACGAUUACGGACGGCGAACGGCCGACGACGGAGCCGCAAGAGAAUUCGUCGAGCGAGCGGCUUACGCUGAUUGUCGAUGGCACUCGAUUUGUUGUGUCUCGUCGACAGCUUGUGGCUCAUCCUGAUACGAUGCUGGGAAGAAUGUUUGGUACCGGGUUGGACACGGGAGUAACAAAGGCUACUGCACGAGGCGAGUAUCUCGUCGCACAAGGCGUGACAUCAGAGAUAUUUCGAACCAUCCUGGCGUAUUACAAGAACGGUGUAAUGCAGUGUCCUGCAAUAGUCAAUAUUGCUGAUUUGAAGGAAGCAUGUCAGUACUUUCUCGUCCCUUUCUCGACGGACACCGUCAAGUGUUAUAAUCUCAGGUCGUUGAUGCAUGAACUGUCUGACGAUGGUGCAAGACAUCGUUUUGAAGUGUUUCUUGAAUCGAGUUUAAUUUCAACUCUUGCAAAGGCUGCACAGACUGGUGACAGAGAGUGUCAUGUUGUAAUCCUGAAAGACGAAGACUGUGUGAAUUGGGAUCCAGACUAUCCACCUAACACAGGAGAAGAGUAUCUACAAAUCGUUCGCAAUACAAACAUGGUCCGCUUCCUCAAAUAUUUGGAAAAUCGAGAUGUCGCUAAGCAUGUGUUGAAAGAGAGAGGACUGAAGAAGAUACGUCUUGGGAUAGAAGGUUACCCGACUCACAUGGAAAAGCUAAAGCAUCGUCAAAACAGCGAUCGUCCCGAAGUCAUCUACAACUACAUCCAGCGUCCCUUCAUUCGCAUGUCGUGGGAAAAGGAAGAGGCAAAGAGUCGCCACGUCGACUUCCAGUGUGUCAAAGCAAAGGCAGACGUACCACCCGACGCUGAAGCAGGAGCAUUACUUUCAGACCCAACGUGGGACUAGAUAGCAUAUAGAUAUCUAAGAGUUGAUAUAUAUACAGAGUUGAGUUUAUGUUGAAUUUUGGGAAUUUUGUUUACUACAGGCUGGACGCUAACUAAAACUUGAUUGAAUGCUCACUGAUAGAUGUCGUCUCACUGCUGUAAUCAUUUUAGAUUAAUUUUUGAGUAACAACAUGGCGUGUUCUCGUUUG